AAAGGUGGACUAUCUAUUCACAACGUGUUACUUUAAGAACGUCGGUGAUCACGUGUGCAGCGCUUUUCACACACACACACCAAAAAAGUUUGACAUAAAUUUCGAAAGUUAUUUUGUAAUUGUGUAAGUGUGUAAUACUGUCCGAGAAAUAAACUUGGAUAGUGGUACGAUGGACGGGAUAACCCAGAACAUUCUGACUUCAGGAUUUGCUCUUGACCUGGGGCCCUUGAAAGAGCCCUUGGCAUUUAUUAGAGUGCUCGAAUGGGUCUUCUCCAUAUUUGCCUUCGCUACAGCGUCGGGUUAUGCCGGCUCUACGAGCAUCAACGUGCUGUGCCAGGGAAGCAGAAGCCAAGAAAUCACUGCUGACUUUAACUACCCAUUCAGACUCAUGGCUCACCCAUACACUGUCCCCUCCUGUAACAACGACUCCAGCACUGUCCAGACCUAUCUGACCGGCGACUACUCCUCCUCAGCCGAGUUCUUCGUCUGUAUCGGGGUGUUUGCCUUCCUCUACAGCACCGCCAGCCUGGUGAUCUAUCUGGGCUACCAGCACGUCUACAGGCAGACCAGCCGCGGCCCCAUUGUGGACCUGCUGGUGACCGCAGCCUUCACCUUCCUGUGGCUGGUGUCCUCCUCUGCCUGGGGUAAAGGCCUGACUGACGUGAAGUGGGCUACCAGCCCCUCUAACCUGGUAGGCUUCAUCUCCACCUGCAAGGACGUCAGAAACAAGUGCACACCAGGAGCAGUGCCUCACAUGGGGCGACUCAACUCCUCUGUGAUCUUUGGAUUCCUCAAUCUGAUAUUAUGGGGUGGGAACUGCUGGUUCAUCUUCAAGGAAACGUCUUUCCACAAGUCAGCCAACCCCCCUGCGGACGUAGAAGAGGGUUCAGGGGUCAGGCCCAUGCCGUCCUAACUGGGCAGUUCUCUGCUUUCAACGGCCGUGUACCAGACUGCCUGCACAAUGCAGCCACACUCCAUAAAUUAACCAAUCUUUUGGGGCGAAUCUUAACCUCCACUCAAAUUCUCACAGUCAUGCGUCGAUGCCAAUAGGAGACAAUGUGACAUUGUGGAAGUUAAGAUUUUCCUCUCUUAUGUGAUUUCUGACUUGAUGAUGAUUUGUAAAUUGGUUCGAAUGCUGCUUAGAAAUGUCUUCCGUAAACUGGACCACAGUUUCGUUCAUGCAUUGCCACAUUUAUUAAUCAAAAAGCUUUCGAAGUUGUGCAUUUUAGGUUCUUUAAAUAGGUACAAAACAGAAUCCAGGAAAUAUGGAAGGAGACAUUUUGGGGGGGUUGGGGGUUUAAGUCAUAACUAGUUUUGUUUCAUGCAGUUAACUCUUUACUUAACGGUAUAACUAACCCAAUGCAACAAUCACAUUUAUUAUAAAGUCUCUCUCUGAUUAUUUCUUUUUUGUUACUUUGUGGAUAGUUGUAGUGUUUUUUUUGUUGAAUGUUUAUUUUAAAAAAGGGCUUAUUACAACGAGGGCUUAUUACAACGAGGGCUUAUUACAGCGGGGGCUUAUUACAGCGGGGGCUUAUUACAGCGGGGGCUUAUUACAGCGGGGGCUUAUUACAGCGGGGGCUUAUUACAACGGGGGCUUAUUACAACGGGGGCUUAUUACAACGGGGGCUUAUUACAACGGGGGCUUAUUACAACGGGGGCUUAUUACAGCGGGGGCUUAUUACAGCGGGGGCUUAUUACAACGGGGGCUUAUUACAACGGGGGCUUAUUACAACGGGGGCUUAUUACAACGGGGGCUUAUUACAGCGGGGGCUUAUUACAGCGGGGGCUUAUUACAACGGGGGCUUAUUACAGCGGGGGCGUUGCUCGUUAUUUGACACUUAAAAUAAACGAAGCAGAAAUAGUUACGGACAUCUGGGUGACGCCAUGAUCAAUUCUACAGUACUUUCAUGUCAUGUUUCGAAAUGUGCCUCUUUUUUCUUUCUUUGUGCCAGAAGAUUUGUAAAAAUGUAAUGUGUUUUUAAAUUAACAAGUUGGGUUUUUUUUUUUUUUUUGUAUGGAGAAAAGAAAAAGCCAGCAAAGUCCUGUUUUCACUUUUGUCAUACCUUUUUGGUCACAAACAUUUUUCAACUCUUGUUGUUGAAAUACAUUUUUAAAUGACGUACUGAUAUGUUCUGUAUUACCUUGGGUUUCUUCUACCUCGGUUUUGUGAAGGCAGAACCUUUUUACUCUCUAAAAAAAGAAAAAUAAUUUAUCUUUCAAAUGGUAGGUCUCAUUCAGUAUUGUUUAUAGAUACAUUUCACUUUAAGGUGUCAUUAUUGUGACACAACAUUAAACAAAGCUGUAAAUUAAAGGGAAAUGGCUGGUAAA